AUGGACAGGCCUCUAGUUGGAAAUGAAGGGGAAUUUAAUUUUGUUGAGAGAGUAUCAUACUUGUAUGAUGAUAGCCAAAAAAAAGUAACGAAGAAAUUAAUUUUAGCAAGUAUUAUAUGUGUUAUAUUUAUGAUUAUCGAAAUUAUCGCAGGAAUAGUAUCAAACUCUUUAUCAUUGAUGACAGACGCAUCGCAUUUGUUUUGUGAUUUAUUAUCUUUUGCAUUGAAUUUAUUUUCAAUUUAUGUUUCUACUUUUGAGGGAAAUUUAGAUAUGUCUUUUGGAUAUCACAGAGCAGAAAUUAUAGGAGCUUUGUUUUCAAUAUUUUUUAUUUGGGCAUUAUCUGCUUAUAUUUUGUAUAGCGCCACUUUUCGAUUAUUUCAAGUUGAACAAGUUGAUGGAUAUAUUAUGUUUGUUACUGCUUUUGUAAGUACACUAGCAAAUAUAUUUAUCGCUUUUGUUUUAAAAGUACAUUCACAUGGUUUUGAGUUUAUUGGAAAUAAAACUUGUAAUCAUAACCAUAGUCACCACACAAACACAAGUGCAUGGAUGAGUACCUCAAAAAAUAAUAAAUUUAUAAAUAUAAAUAAUAUUUCAUUAGAAAAUGGUGAAAAAUAUAAUAAUGAUAUUUCAAUAAGUAGGAUUAAUACUAGUAACUGUGGUUAUGUUUCUUUUGAUCAAUAUGAAAAUGAUGAUAAUAAUUGCGAUCCAAAUAGUUUGAAAAAAAAAAAUAUUGGAAAUGAUGAAGAUGUAGAUCCACCUAAUGAUUUUAAAGUAGGCAUAAAUGAAUACUUAAAUAACAAAGAGGAAUUAAAUUCUGAUACUUAUGAUAAAAAAAAAAAAAAAAAAAAAAAUAAUAAAUCAUAUAAUAAUCAUGAUGAAGAAAAAAACGAUAUAGAAAAUAUUAAUUCACAUAUAUUCUCCAAUGAAAAUAAUGAAGAAAAAAUAUUUUUUGAUUCUUUAAAUAAUAAUUUAAUGGGAGAAAAAUUAAAUCAUAACCACAUUCAUGAUCAUUAUUAUACUCAUUCUCAUAAUGAAAAUCAUAAACACAGUAUUCAUAAUAAUGGUGAAUUAAAUAGUAUAAGUCUAAAAUCAGCAUAUCUUCAUGCUAUUAGCGAUUUACUUCAAAAUAUAGGAGUAAUGAUAGCCUCUUUAAUUAUUUGGUAUAACCCUAAAUACUCAAUCACAGACCCAAUAUGUUCUAUUAUUUUUUGUUUUAUUGUAUUUUCUACAACAAUAUCUGUAAUUAAAGAAAUAUUAAAUGUAUUAAUGGAAGGAACACCUGUAAGUAUCAAUUUAAUAGAUAUAAAAAACGAUAUAUUAAAAAUUCCAGGGGUUAUUGAUGUUCAUGAUUUACAUGUAUGGUCUUUAUCCAUAGGAAAGCCAGCACUAGCUUGUCAUAUCGUUGCACACAAACAAUAUUCACACACAGUUUUACACAAUGCUACUGUACUUUGUCAAAAAAAAUAUAAAAUUCUUCAUACUACUGUUCAAACAGAUUAUCCAUCAAAUAUCACAAAUUGUGAAACACAAGCUCAUCUUAAAUGCUCUAAUUUAAAAGCAGAAAAACCAAAAUAG